AAUGAUCAUUCAAGUAAGGAAAGUCGGAAGUAACAGUUGUAUCUCAAGAAAUUAAUCGAAACGAAGGAAUAGCUGACACAAAUCUUUUGGGCUUAAAUCAAAAACAAAAAAAUCACAAAAACCCAGUUAAAAAAGCAAACAAAAGCCCAAGUAAAAAAUAAAUUAAAUGAAUUGAGUGAAUAUAUAAGAGUUGAAAAUUCGUCAAGCAUAUAAUAAGUGAUAUAAUAUAAUAGUGAAAAGAGAAAAAAUAAAAACAAACAAAUAGUUUACCAAUUUUGUGUUAAAACAAUUUUGUAAAAAAGAUAUUCACAUCAAACGUAUAACAAAAAGAUAUAUAACAAAAUGAAUGUGGAAGAUUUUAGAAAGCAUGGCAAAGAAAUGAUCGAUUAUAUUUGCAAUUAUGCCAAAAAUAUUGGGGAACGUGAAGUGGCGCCAACAUUGGAUCCCGGCUAUUUAAAGCAAUUGUUGCCAGAUGAAGCCCCCAUCAAACCAGAGAAAUUUGAUGUUAUGUUGGAGGAUUUUGAAAAAAAAGUUAUGCCCGGUGUGGUGCAUUGGAAUCAUCCGAAAUUCUUUGCCUACUUCCCAUCGGGCAAUUCCUUUCCUUCCAUAUUGGGAGAUAUGUUAAGCAGUGCCAUUGGAUCAAUUGGAUUUUCUUGGGCUUCCUGCCCUGCUGCCACAGAAUUGGAAACCAUUGUUUUAGAUUGGUAUGGCAAGGCAUUGGGUUUGCCUAAAGCAUUUAUAGCCGAUGUACCCGGUAGCAGGGGCGGUGGUGCCCUGCAAGGUUCAGCAUCAGAAUGUACUCUGGUGUGCAUGAUUACGGCUCGUUCUAGAGCCAUUAACAAAUUGAAAGGCCAGACAACAGAAAUACACGAAAGUGUCUUCCUGCCCCAGCUCAUUGCCUAUGCCAGCAAAGAGGCUCAUUCCUCGGUGGAAAAGGCAGCAAAGAUGGCUCUAGUCAAACUGCGUAUUAUCGAGGCUGACGAAAGAGGUCGCAUGCGUGUGGAUUUGUUGCGACAGGCAAUACAGAAUGAUGCCAAUGCUGGUUUAACACCAUUCUUUGUGGUGGCCACCGUUGGAACUACAGGAGCAUGUGCCUUCGACAAUUUGGUGGAAAUAGGCAAAGUGUGCAAAGAGGUGCCCACCAUAUGGUUCCAUGUAGAUGGAGCAUAUGCAGGCAAUUCCUUUAUACUGCCUGAAAUGAGAAAAUUUGCCGAGGGUCUGGACUUGGCGGACUCCUUCAAUACAAAUCCCAAUAAAUUGCUGUUAACCAAUUUCGAUGCAUCCGCCAUGUGGGUCAGAGAUGUGAUGAGUCUGAAGACAGCGCUCAAUGUCAAUCCCCUUUAUCUGCAACAUGAACAUGACAAGGCUAUUGAUUAUCGUCAUUAUGGCAUACCGCUCAGUCGUCGUUUUAGGGCAUUGAAAUUGUGGUUCGUCUUCAGAUCAUAUGGCAUCAGUGGCCUACAGACAUACAUACGUAAUCAUAUGGCCUUGGCCAAGAAAUUCGAAAUUUUGGUGGGCAAAGAUGAGCGUUUCGAAGUGCGAAAUGAUGUGUAUUUGGGUUUGGUGUGUUUCCGCAUGAGAGCCGCUGAUACCUAUAAUCAGGAACUUUUGGCCCAAGUGAAUCACUCGGGCAAAAUGCAUAUGAUUCCCUCCAUGGUAAAUGGAAAAUAUGUCAUAAGAUUUUGUGUUACCUAUGAGCAUGCAACAGAAAAGGAUAUAGUUGAUGCUUGGACAGAAAUAAAAACAUUCGCCGAGGAUAUUCUACGAGAUGCUACCAUGGAAAUAUCUUCGCUACCACCCACACCGGAAAAGGAAAAACCCCAAGCGAUUGCCGGCAAACCACCAAUCAAAAAGAAGCUCACACGCACCAAGUCCUUGCGUUUCUCUUUCACUCGCAGUAUAUCGCGUGAAAUGUACGAAUCCCAAAGUGAACAUCUUAAGGAUGGCUGUACGCCCAUAUUGGUUGUGGAUAACAAUGCCAUGCUGCAGAGUUUCCUAAAAGCCACAGCAGAAAAUCAACAAAAUAAACUGAAAGAAAUCCAGGAUGUCGAAACAGAUGAGGCAAGCAAUUAAGAGAUCUAUACACGACUGUUUGUUCUAUACUAACAUAUCGAACAACAAGAUAAGAAUAGAACUCUUUCUCUUUUCCUAGAUUAGUAUUACGAAAAAAGUCCUUGUCCUUAUGUUUAUAUUGAAUUUGUAAUAUGUGUAAGUGUGUGUAUAUGUAUGUCCUUUGUACGUGUAUGUAUUUUUAAAGCGCCUAUUAUCUCGAAUAGACAAUAAUUCACCUAGUUGUAAUGUCCCUACUCCCCUUCAAAUCGUUCCGAUUUUAUUUAUUGUUACCAAAAAAAUAAUUAUGGUAAUUAUUUAUGUGUUUUAAGUGUAAUCAUCAAUGGAAUUCGAAUUUGUUUAAUUUUUGUUUUUUUUUUUUUUUGUAAUUAUUAUGCAUUUAUUUAUAUAAAUGUAAAGCCGACAUAUCCAGAAACUCCAGUACCAUAGAAAAAAAAAGA